UCCAGCAGUUGUAGAGAUUUAUGACAAAGAAUUCAACCAUCCACUUCCUCAACUGGUUGACGAUGACGACAAUACGAUCAAAGUCCCAAAGGACAUUAUUUCGGAAGUGUUUGAAAAAAUUUCUCAAAGUAAAGAUAUGAACGAGGCCUUAUAUUAUCUACAAAUCGAAAAGGCUAAGUUAUGCAAGAAUAAUGAGCGAAGAAGUGAUAGAUAUGCUAUACUUUCUAUCGUAGAAAAAGUAAUUGAAGAUAUGGAGCUCUGGAGUAAAUGUGGUGAUGAGCAAGAGCUCACAUUCUAUAGAAGUUUCGCAAGCAUCAUGGACGUAAUGUUCAAAGGUUCCAAAGUCAUAUUGUCUGAUGGUGAGACAGGUUGCCAAAGUUCUCGUGUCGCUAUAAAAGCAAAUAAGUGUGUUUUUGUCGGUGAAGAUACUUCGCCCACUUAUUCUCGAAAAAUCGAUUUACUGCUCAAAUACAAUGAAAAAAAAGCCAUCGAUCUUUGUUCUAACGAAUGGAAAAGACGCAAAGUAACAAACGAUCUCAAAUUAAAGCAGCAGUCAAAAAAUAUGAGGGUCAAUGCUUGCAUUAUUAACAAUUUACAAGGAACAUAUGGUGGAUCUCAUUCUGUCUUAGCAUUGGAUGUAAUUGACAAUGUCACGGAGAAUUGUUAAUUUCAUAAACUAAUGUACAUCGAUAAAAAAUAAAGUUUCCGCCGGACUCUCUUGUAAGUUAUACUAUGUAAAUGAUACAUAGUUGUUGGGAGUUGUCUCGACUUCCGAAAGAAUUCGAAUUACAUCUUUGACCCUCAGUCAACAGUUGAGCUAGCAAAAUAUAGACCUUUUGAAUAGAUGAGCAAGAACGUAGACUUGCAAAAGGGAACCUCAAGAAACGAAAAAGCUGAGAAAGCUUCAUUUAAAUUCACUUUCGGAUGGGUAUUAUGGUAAUGCUUGUAAAUGGCACUUGUCAGUUCAACAAAAUAAAUUAGUCCCAGCGUUGUAGUAAAUGUUGCGGAAAGCCUUGUAGAUAUAAUAUGAAGGUAACAUGCCUACUUGAA